AUGGGCAAACUUGCUGUGAACACAGAUGUGGAGCCCCUCGACAUAUCCCAAAGAGAGCAUUCCGACUUGAAAUUGAAAGAUGGGCUGGACACUUCUGCAAAGAGGAGCUCCUGGAAGUUCUGGAGUGGCUGGGACCAACAAUCAGAAGAGCGCCGCCUACUGACGAAGCUUGACCUGACUAUUACUCUUUUCGGCUUCUUGGGAGGGCUCAUCAAGCAUAUCGACCGACAAAACCUGACAAAUGCCUUCGUCUCGGGAAUGAAGGAGGAUCUGGGACUUUACGGAAACGAGAUGAACUACGCCCAGACAACCUAUUCGGUCGUGAAUAUUCUUUGCAUCUGGCCCAUCAAUCUUGCCAUGACAAGAUGUAACCCUCGCUACUUCAUUCCGGCGCUUGAAAUUGGCUGGACAAUCGCUACCUUCGCCUCGUCUGCGAUGAAGACACCUUUGCAGAUGUAUGCCCUUCGAGGCUUGGUUGGACUGUUCGAGUGGUAUGUUGAAUCCCACCCUACGACCUACGAUCCAGAGGACAACGCAGAACUAAUCACCAAGUAUAGUGGACACUUCUCAGCGAUUAUGUAUGUCGCUGGCGGGUGGUUCCAGAAACGCGAACUGGCAAAGAGGAUUUUCCUGAUCAACAGCGCUGGCCAUAUUGGACCGAUGUUUUCCUCCUAUCUACAAACUGCCGCCUACAAAGGUCUCAACGGGACGAUGGGAAGAGCCGGAUGGCGAUGGGUAUUCAUCAUCGAUGGCAUUAUUUCAAUUGGAAUCGCACUUCCUCAAGUCUUUCUCUUCCCAGACUUGCCUGCUCGGCAGAAGCCAGACCGCGUCUUCACGGAAAGGGAGAUUGAGCUUGCGCGGGACCGUAAUCCCAAAGAAGGCCGUGUCAAGCAAGGAGCCAUCACCAAGAAACAGCUACGGCGAUUCUUUACUGAUCCGCAGAUCUGGCUUCUCUGGGUCAUUUCGGCGGCAAAUAUCGUUCCCAAUCAAAUCCCUAAUUCGAUGGCAUAUUGGUUCAAGGCAUGGAACAAAAUCAAGCCUGGCUCUUUCACUGUUCCACAGAUCAACGACUAUAUUACUCCGAUAUAUGCCAUUGAACUGGUGCUGGACUUGUCCUGGUCAUACAUGAGCGACUCGAUCCUCCGCGGUCGGCGAUGGCCGUUCCUCCUGCUCUGCCAGGGUGUCAUGGCCGUCGUCAGCAUUCUUCUGGCCACGACACCGGUGUUUCCGCACAACAGAGCAUUCCGCUGGUUCUUGUACUACAUGAGCGGCUUUAUCAACUCGUCUCCACCUCCACUCGCCGUCUUCAAAACUGUUGAUCAGCCGGCCGUCGUGAAGGGCAACUGGACCGGAGCGGGAUUCUGUUUCGCAGGGAUCCUAGCUACCGCGACCUUGGCCUACAUUCAGCACCGGGAGAAGAAACAAGCUCGCGAACGGGAAGGAGACGACGCCGCAGCCACAGCCGCCACAGCCAUCGAGGAAGUGGAAGAAUACCGAGUCCCUGGUACCGAUGCGGAAGAAAUUGGCAAACUCGCGCCAGCGUCGCCAUCACCGUCGGAAAUCGUGUCAUCCAAGAGGUGA